AAAAGUAUUAAACAUGCCAUAGGUGGGCUGUUUACCUGGGUAGUUUAGGAGCAGAAUCCUUUCCGCUGUCUUCAACUCCAUUUCCCAUCAUGCCGCAGACGCAGCUGAGUCUCUGACGUAUAAUAUUGGCGACGGUGAUUUGCAAAGCAGCCCUAACUGACCUGAUGAAGUUUAAUGACAAAUCUGGUUAUUUUUGUCAUGUACAGUUGUCACAAUUGCUCGUGGUGUUUGUGAACCCCUCCGUUUGAAAUGAGCCUCUUACUCAACCCUGCCGCUUCUUUAUCUUACACGUAGUUUAUUGGUUUAUUGCAACGUCGAAGUGUCUCGUGUUGUGGCUGGACAGGUGAAGUAUCUGGUUUUAAAAUGACUCUUCCAGCUUUGCACAACACCGGCGUGCUCUACAGAAGAAUACUGGCGCAAUUCCCACAGGACAUUAGUUUAGCCUUUGCCUACGGAUCGGGUGUUUUUAAGCAGCAUGGAACCAGCCAAGGUCAAAUGGAGAAAAACAUGCUGGACUUUGUGUUUGCGGUAGACGACCCAGUCACGUGGCACACCAUGAAUCUGCUACAGAAUCGCAAACACUACUCCAUCCUCAAGCUGCUGGGCCCCACGAUGAUCAGCUCCAUACAAAAUGACCACGGAGCCUCGGUUUAUUACAACACUCUCGUGCCAGUGGACGGGAAGAUAAUCAAAUAUGGCGUGAUAAGUACAGACUCUUUGAUUGACGACCUGAUGCACUGGAAGACUUUGUAUGUUGCUGGGCGCCUUCACAAGCCAGUGAAAAUGCUGGUGCAGAGUGAGAAUGGAAAGCUCCGUGCUGCUCUGGUGGCCAAUCUGAAGAGUGCUGUGACUGCCUCCUUCCUCAUGCUGCCAGAGAGCUUCACUGAGGAAGACCUUUUCCUGCAGAUUGCUGGUCUCUCUUAUGCUGGCGAUUUUCGGAUGGUGAUUGGAGAAGACAAGUCAAAGGUGGCCAAUAUUGUCAGAGACAACAUUCAGUACUUCAGGGUUCUCUACAGCAACAUCCUACGGGACUGCCCACUGGUGGUUUACAAAGCUCAUCAAGGAAAGCUGGAGGUCGACAAAAGCCCCGAAGGCCAGUUUAUCCAGCUGAUGGCACUACCCCGAACUCUGCAGCAAAGGAUCACUAAACUGGUCGAUCCUCCAGGAAAAAACCGGGACGUGGAGGAAAUCCUGCUGCAGGUGGCUCAGGACCCCGACUGUGGGGCAGUUGUGCAACAAGGUAUCUCAUCUAUUGUGAAGACCUCAAGUAUAACACAGAGUAUAAAAGGCAUUGCUACUGCGGGUUUGUGGAAGACUGUGUCCUACAGCUCCAAAAAAAUGAUGAAGAUGUGGAAGGGCUGGAGGAGGAAGCCAUCUGUCUCACAGAUGUCCUGAUUCUGCCUGUUUACUGUCUGCCCUUAUCACUGUCAGCCUGACGAUCUGCCAUCCAUCCUCUCUAACUACUGGUUGCAUCAUUGUAUGGAGCAGCAGAGAAGAGUUUCUGAACCUACCCUUUCUCACAUGGCCCCGCCUUGCCGCCUUUUCGGAUGUGCAGAAAAGAACACGGCAGUCAGAUCCAUGACCCUCCAAGGAGCCCUGGCUGAGAACCUGUGAGCUGUUUUGUCAGCAUAAACAUGACCGGACACAACGUGUUCAAAAGCGCGUUGUUUUAAUGUAUUUUUUAUUAAUUCUUCUUUAUUUAAACACAAUAAAAAAACACAGAGGGAUCAAAAGAGGUAAAACCCAUUUUAUUGAGUGAAAAAGGGCUUAAAAUCUAUUUUUAAAAAUAGUUCCCAAGGACAUAUUGCCAUCUUGGAUUUGUGAUGAUGAAUAGGAACAGAAAGAGGAUGCCAAAAUAAGACCAACUGCCAUGAAAAAGUUUGUAAUUUUGUGAACUGCAUGGAAUUCACCGCUACUUUAAACGAGAGGGGAUCUGGAAUCAGUCCAUCAUGCCCACGCAACCUACUCUCAGUCUAUGUGGUGAUUGUUUCGUCUGGUGUGAGGAAACAAUCAGGAAAAUCCCUACUCUUGAUCAUUAACCUGGAAGAUGCAUCAGUACCCUGAUCCAUCUUCAUGCCAUGUAGGACUUUACCAUUUUCACCGCUAUUAUCACUGGAAUUUAAGCUGCUUACAGCUUCUUUUCCUGUGGCUUUUCUCAGAAAACCCAUCUUUAAAAUGUUGGCCACCUCCUGCAUGUCAUUAUAAGCUGCAGACAGGCUGUACUGAGGACUAAAAGGCCGCCAAAAUUGGAAAGCGGCGGGAAGAAAUACUUCCAUCUGGAGCUCAGCUGAUGUUGAUAAGCCACAACAUUAAAACCACUCAGACCCCCUUUCUUUGCCCCUACAUAUUAUACCACACUGGUAAGCUAAAGCUCUUCAGAUUGGAACGAUGUUCACCAUUUCAGGAUCCAAUCACAGAUGCAAAUACUAUAGAUAUGGACGAUCGAAAAAUACAUAAAUUAAAAAAGCUGCAGAUAUACACUUCGGUCCAUAUAUAUAAUAUAGUGUGUAGUACAGGCUAACAUGCAUCUUACAUUGUCAGUGAUACUGAUGGGGAAUGUGGACAUGGGAUAGGACAGUCCAUAAUGUGACCUUUCAUCAGAGCCAAUCAUGACUGCACUUCAAAGUUUUAAAGAACAGCAGUUUGGUUUUUUUUCUCCGAAGGACAAGACCAUGGUUUCCUAAUGUCUCCGAAUGGCACCCUUAUGGCACACACAGGGCUAUCUAUAGAAAGAACUGUCAAAAAUAUCAUUUUUGGUUGUAGCAGGUAUUAGGGUCUAAUUUUAAGUGGAACUAGAAAAGACUUCAAUCUGAGGUCCCGUUGGGUUUUAGUCUCCAAGCUACAGCCACAUUAAGGCAAAUACUGUUGGAAAAAAGAAAAAUCCUUCCUCAGUGUAUUCAAGCUCAUUUCACUCUGUGACAAACACUUAGUCAGAUUCUAAUCUGAAGGGAAUUUCUAGGUAUUCUUUACAAAAAGAGCCCUUCACUGUGUCUGGACUGCCAAUGGCUCUGGAAUGGCUUUAAAUGUACUUUGGCUAUGCUGUUUAUUUUAGGCAUUUAAAACAGAAGUUGUAGGAUUUUAAGAAAAUGUGUCAGAGACCCCACAAAGAAAUGGGGUCAAAUCUCUACUCAAAAAAAUCCAUAAUCCCCAUACUAAGCACAAAAUGAUCUGGGCAGAAAGAAAUAAUUCAGAUAAUUUUUGUGUUAGUAUAUCAUAUAAUGUUUUAACUAAAACCGAAUAAUUAAUUUAAAUAAAGAAAAACUAAUAAAUCAGAAUUAAAAAGGCAAGAAAUAAUUAAAGAAAAAGCUAUCUGAAUAUAUAUAAAGAACGUUUGUAGUUUGACAAUUACUGAGAUUUUAUAAUAAGUAAAAAAUGGAUUAUUUGAGGCUCAGUGCCAGAGGUAGUUUGAAGUUUGAAGAAGGAACGUCAGCAACAGUAUAAACCAACCCCCCUCCCCCCCCCGCUGCUCGGAAUAAAAGAUGACAUUUCCAGCGUCAGACUGAAUGGUGGCUGGCAUUUAGUGGUAGUGUAGAUUAGCCCUUUUAUGGUUGGUGGGCUGGGGAGACUUGGGAAGCGCUGCCAAGAGGGCCACAUGAAAAGCCGCUGGAAUAAAAAUGGUACACACAUUUACCUCAAGUUUAUUGGAGAAAGGAUUUGGGUUCCAUGUGUCAUAGAUGCGUCCUCUCAUUUUCCAUGUGAAUGCUGCCACCUUGAUGGAGAUGGUGGCUGACACGUCUCUCUUUACCCCAAUUUUCAGUGGUGGAGCGGAUCCCGUAACCUCAAAUCAGUUAGAACUUUAGUCCAUUUUUGACCCUCCGACAGCCUUUUAAACUUUCAGGGUCCAUUAUUUUGUUUACUGCAUAUCUGUUGGAACCAAAAGACUGUGGAUCCCUCAAAAGCUGUUAAGCAAGUCUACACAUCUCAAUUCCUCAUUCCUCAGUCACUUUGCUGAAAAAAGCUUUUCUCCUCUUGUUUUUAGUCGUUCACCAGAGUUGUUUGAUGGAAGGAGACAUUUUAUGGUUCUUUAAGUUACUUGCUGUAUUCUGAUUCAGUUACAAACAUAUGUUAAAUAAACUUUUUAAAAAUCUAACUGCA